AUGUCCAAGCCUAUUCCAAUCACUGUCUUCACUGGAUUCCUCGGUAGUGGCAAAACGACCACGAUUCUCUCGCUCCUUAAACGGCUGCCUGCUGAAUACAAGACAUGUCUCUUAAAGAACGAGUUUGGCGAUAUUGCAGUCGAUAGCCAGCUUGCCAAGGAAACCAACAUUGGUGUACAAGAGAUGAUGAAUGGAUGUCUUUGCUGCGUUCUGGUGGGACAAAUGAAGUUGGCCUUGCUCGAGUUGAAGGAGAAAUACAAUCCUGAUAGAAUCAUUGUAGAAACAAGUGGAUCAGCAUUUCCAGCCCCGAUUGCCUGGCAAAUCCGAGAAAUGGAAGGCGAUGGCUUUGUGUUGGAUUCAAUUGUCACUGUGAUCGAUUGUGAAAACUUUAAGGGAUAUGAAGAUACAAGCUACACGGCCAAAAUGCAAGCUCAGUACACGGAUGUCAUUUUAUUAAACAAGCACGAGCAGGUAUCCGAACAAGAUCUCGACCGAGUGAUCGACCAUGUCAACGAUUUGAAUACGGAUACCCCCAAAGUCAAGAGCGAUCUUAAUGGCGUAUCACCUGAUCUUGUUUUUGGCUUGGACACGCAGCUCUUUUCAGUUGCUUACAACAAGACGCAUUCACUGGAUGAGAUGGUAUUUGAUCCAAAGCACCAAGAGAACGAGGUGGAUUUGAUCCAGGUGAUACAACAUGUCCACGAAGCAGCAGCAGCAGGCUCGUCAUCAUCAUCAUCAUCCCUCAGCAAAGAUCAAUUGGUGGCCUUCCUUCAAACUAUGCCAAAAGAGGACAUUUACCGCAUCAAGGGCUUUAUUCGUCUGGGAGAAUCGUCAAGAUUGCAUAUCCUCAAUCAUGCGUUUGGUCGUCAUACCUUGACCGAGGUCGAACAUGAAGAAACCUUAGAGGAAGCAAAGGAUGUCCAAGUCAAAAUCACCGUCAUGGGCCAAGAUUUGAGAAUGUAUUUUGAAAAGGUCAAGAAUGGAUUACUACAGGGUGACCAAGGAGAAGCAAAGAUCAUUCCUGCACAUAGACAUGACCAUUAG